UCCGCCGGAUUCUUUUUGUGUCAGUCGGUUUUCGGAUCAGUCGCCGAUCAGUCGAGUUGACCACUAAAUACGGGGAAGCUCAGAUCAGACACGGCGUGAUCAUGCUGAAUGGAAAAUUCUACACGGGUCUGCCGCCCAAAAUGGUGGAGCGCCAGGGGGUGAAGGUGUGCAAUCGCCAGGAGUCCCACUUCUUCUGGCCGGAUGAUUCCCGGGCGGAUUCGGCGGUGGAAAAUCGAGUGAAGAGGAGGAACAGUCAGCAGUUGGAAAGGCCUCUGGAGAGGAUCAACCACUAGGGAUCUCCCACCGAAGUGGACACACGGCGCAGGUUCCACAAGGAGUUUGCCAGCUCUUCCAUACAGUUCUACGAUAAUCUGCAGUCCAAUCCGGAUAGAAAAUCCCUUAGGAAGGGCUUACGCAGGGAAAUCACCCCAAAACUCACUGAAGUAGGCCCCAGAACUGGUUAAUAAUCUGAGGAUACUUCCAAUCGCCGCCAGCAGGCUUACAGCUCCAAAAUUCAGUUCUACGAUUAUGUAAACGAGGCAGAUAAUGUCACACAAAAUAACGCCAGAAGACCCCAAAUGGACUUCAAUGACAAGCGUGAAGUAGAGCUCAACUCCAAGAACAGUCCCAAACUGCAGGUGAAAAGAGAUGUGCGCAGUUUCAGUGUGGAACUGGAGCCCAAGGUCACCAAGAAGCCCCUGAAUGACAGUCCCGAGUGGCGACGACGCCCACUGCCACAGGCACAGCCCAAAAGGAUACUCAAGCAAAGUCCAUAUCAGGAUCAGGAUGCCUAUGACUAUGUGGAAAACCGCGUCAGAAGAUUGCAGUUGACCCGGAGUCCUGGUUUGCCCAAGAAACAUGUGACCUACAACGAAGAGGCUGCGGAAUAUGCCUACUACGAUGACAGGGCGGAUGGUGGGGAUCGUGAGGAACCCACAUACGAAGGUCGACCUCGUCAGCAGCCAAAUAUGCCGACAGGAAGUCGCAAUCAUCAACGCUCUUUUAUGGAAACUAGUCGGGCCAAGCUAUUAAAUAAUAAUAAUAAUUAUACGGCCAACCCGAGCGCUAGGAAAAUCUUGCCAAAACUGCCAGAGAGCCAAUCCAGAGGGGCGCCCAUAGACUUGGUCGAAGACGAUCCCCUGCCCUCUGACCCCCGCAAACACCUGCGCAGCAGCCUCUGCUUCAGCGGCGACGCUUUGAUGGUGGGCGGUACGCCGACGACGGACAAGGCGACUGCGCAGGCGCGGCGCAGCUCCGCCGGCCAGAGAAUCAGCGUGGGUCUGCCGGAUUGAGAUUGCGAGUGAGCGCUCCAUUUUCCAUGUUUUUUCAAUGCAGCUACACAGGGAGAAAUGCUGUCGAAAUGAGAGGGAAAUUAGGUUUUUGAUUUAGGAAAAGUAAAAGAACUUUAAAAAAGUUCCUAAACAUAGAUAAACGAUUCAGAAACUAACAUUUAAAAAAUCAACAUAUAAGUAAAUCGUAAAAAUCCUUUUAACCCAAAAAGUAUUAGAGAAAUGGAAAUUCUUCUGCAUCAAUCUAAAAAAAUACAUUCCAAGACAAUCAAAUGGUUAUUUCAAAUCAGAGAUGUAAAAACUACUUAAUCUCAGAAAAUAAGUUUUAAAGCUCUCCGCAGGGCUACAUAAAUUCAGCAACCAGAUAUAUUUUUGCUUCCCUAUAAGAAAAUCUAUUAAAAAUCGUGUAAUAUUUAUAAUGUUUCAAAAUUAAACCCAGAUACAAUAGUAUAUUUUUCCCUGUGUAGUAAAGCCGACAGCAACCACCUGCAAUGCUAAUUGAAAGCAACAACCAAGAAAAUCGCCGACUGCGACUGCAGCAGCAACAUCACAGCAGCAACUUGAAUCGACAGCAGCAAUAUUUCUAGGCACGGCAGCAACUCAACGCUCUUCUCGAGUCUCACUUUAACGAUCAUCUGCCUAAGUUCGACUUCACCCACAUGCGAA